AUGGAUUAUUCGGAUGAUGAUGGCAUGCUCGAUAUUGAAUCAGGCGAAGAUAAUUUAUACGGUGACGACGUUGAUCCUGGAUUCGCCGAGGAAGACAAUGACAACGAUUCUGCAUCUCAGCUAAGUUAUGUUAUACUCAAGGAAGAAGAUAUUCACGAGCAUCAAAGGACCGAUAUUGAACAAGUUUCUACGGUUCUCUCUAUAAGCCAAGCAGAAUCGAUCGCUUUGCUUCUUCACUAUCAGUGGAGUACUAGCAAAGUCGAAGAUGAAUGGUUUACCGAUGAAGAGAGAGUUCGUAAAACCGUCGGUAUAGUGAAGGAGCCUGUCGUUGAUCUUAAUCACACGAAUAUUAUAUGUGGAAUUUGCUUUGAGUCCUAUUUUCAAAAGGACAUUGCAACUGUUUCUUGUGGUCAUCCUUAUUGCAUGACUUGUUGGACCGGUUACAUCACUGCGAAAAUCACCGGUGGUCCUGGCUGUUUGAUGGUUACAUGUCCCGAGCCUUCUUGUUCUGCUGUGGUCGGAAAUGGCCUGCUCUGA